AUGCUGAGGCUUCUUUUCUUCAUUAUUAGUUUAGUGACACCAUCGCUUUCAAUGAUAUCGCUGAAUACAAUCAAGGGAACGGGAAAGAGCGAGAGCUCGUCAAAAAAGACUCCUGUUACAAUCCUUGUGCAUGGUCUGGAUUCCUCCAGCAAGACAUGGGAAAAGACAAUGCCUCAUCUCGAUGGACCUUCCGUAGCUGUGGAUCAACGGGGUAGUGGAUAUUCUCCCCUUGGAAACCCAGAUAACUUUUCUCAGAGCGUACUUGUGGAAGAUCUUCAUCAAGUCAUCACUGCCAAUGCCCCCAACGAUGAUGAAAAAGUGGUACUCAUCGGCCACUCAUUGGGAGGGCGCGUGGUCCUUGGUUAUGCUGCGACGUAUCCAGACAAAAUAGCAGCCUUGGUCAUUGAAGAUAUGGAUAUUGAGGAACGAUCUCCUACAAGUAAUGGAUUGGUGCAACUCAAACCAUACGAUGGAGUCUUUGAUCGUCAACGGAAUUCGAAAGAGUCCCUGGUUCAAGCCUUGAAGGAGGUUGGAUAUCCAGAUAGUUUUGUGGAAAGGGCGUUAGGAAAUGGUAGACUGGAACCAAAUGCAAAGGCUCCGCAGUCAUCUACAUGGUGGUCACACAUUAGCCCCGAUUUCCGGAAACUCUGCUACGAGCAUGUGCUCAGUACCUCCCAAGGCAAGGCCGAUUGCCGAACUCUGGCGUCACUAUUCAAGGAAAAGAAAAUCGACUUUUCCAUUCAUGUGCUAGUGGCUGGAAAGGAUGGUACCGUUUGCAUCGAAGAGAGUAUCCAAGAAAUGAACGAAAUCCUUGGAGACGAGCAGCUCACGAUUCACCGAUACCCGAAUGCUGGACAUUCCAUUCAUUCCACAGAAGCCCUCAAGUACCAAGAAACGAUAAAUGAUAUCAUCAGUAAAUGCUAA